UCAACGCACUCCGCCAUUUUGUAGCGCUUUAAGAAAACUCAGCCAAGCAUCAAAGUUGCGGAUCAGAGCUGCUGUUCCUCUGUAUGCGAUGGACGGCCGCCUAGAGACUCAAUUGUAUCCUAUGGGAUCAAGUUACGCAGAAUUAGACGUUGUUCACGAUAUUGCAGUUGGCACAAAGAGAGGAUCUGACGAGCUGUUCUCCUGUGUUUCCAGUGGGCCUUAUAUCAUGAGCUCAGCAGCCAACGGCAACGACAGCAAGAAGUUCAAAGGUGAAAUCAGAAGUCCUGCCGCCCCGUCCAGAGUUAUACAUGUCCGGAAGCUGCCCAAUGACAUCAACGAAGCAGAGGUCAUCUCCCUCGGCCUUCCGUUUGGCAAAGUCACCAAUCUGCUCAUGCUAAAGGGAAAGAACCAGGCUUUCUUGGAAAUGAAUACUGAAGAAGCAGCACAGACAAUGGUUACUUACUACUCCUCCGUAACACCCGUCAUCAGAAAUCAUCCCAUCUUCAUGCAAUACUCCAACCACAAAGAGCUGAAAACAGACAACUCACCAAACCAAGUGAGGGCACAGGCAGCACUGCAGGCAGUAAAUGCUGUCCAGACAGGUAGCAUGACUCUAGGUGCUGUUGACCCAUCCGGUAUGACUGGCCCCAGCCCUGUCCUGAGAGUCAUCGUUGAAAACCUAUUCUACCCUGUGACCUUAGAUGUCCUGCACCAGGUAUACACUUCCUCUAGUCUAUUCUACACCGUGACCUUAGAUGUCCUGCACCAGAUCUUCUCCAAGUUUGGCACAGUGCUGAAAGUGAUCACAUUCACCAAAAACAAUCAGUUUCAAGCUCUACUCCAGUUUGCCGAUGGCCUGACAGCACAACAUGCCAAGCUGGCUCUAGAUGGCCAGAACAUCUACAAUGGCUGCUGUACCCUGCGCAUUAGCUUUUCCAAACUUACCAGCUUAAAUGUCAAAUACAAUAACGACAAGAGCCGUGACUACACUCGUCCAGACCUGCCCACAGGGGACAGCCAGCCUACUCUUGAACAUCACCAUAUGGCUGCUUUCGCUACUCCCGGGAUCAUCUCUGCCUCACCAUAUGCGGGAGCACACGCCUUCCCUCCGCAUUUUGCUAUCCAGCAGGCUGCAGGGUUGACAAUACCUGGGGUUCAUGGAGCCCUGGCCUCACUGGCCAUGCCUGGGGCAGCAGCGGCCGCUGCGGCUGCAAGCAGAAUGGGCUUCCCCUCCCUCCCCGGAACCCACUGCGUUAUGCUGGUCAGCAACCUGAACCCAGAGAGAGUUACGCCCCACUGCCUCUUUAUUCUCUUCGGUGUAUAUGGGGAUGUAAUGAGAGUAAAAAUCAUGUUCAACAAAAAGGAGAACGCUCUAAUACAGAUGUCUGAUGGGACACAGGCUCAACUCGCAAUGAGCCAUCUAAGCGGGCAGAAGUUAUACGGCAGGCCCCUGCGCAUAACACUGUCCAAACACACGACUGUCCAGAUGCCACGGGAGGGACAUGAAGACCAGGGUCUCACCAAAGACUACAGCAACUCUCCUCUCCAUCGCUUCAAGAAGCCAGGCUCCAAAAACUACUCCAACAUCUUCCCUCCCUCAUCUACCCUGCACCUGUCUAACAUCCCACCCGCCGUUGUUGAAGAUGACCUGAAGAUGCUCUUUGGUAGCAGUGGUGGUCUCGUCAAGAACUUCAAGUUCUUUCAGAAGGAUCGCAAGAUGGCUCUGAUUCAGAUGGGUUCAGUGGAGGAAGCAAUCGAGUGCCUUAUCCAGUUCCACAACCAUGAUCUUGGAGAAAACCACCAUCUUAGGGUUUCCUUCUCCAAGUCCACCAUUUGAGAGAAAUAUUCUCUAGAAUGGGCGGGAGUGGCCAGUCGUUGUAAACCUUAAUGAGUCUUAAUCACAAAGCUCACUUCCAUCAUUCCAUUAUUUUAUUUAAGAGGCAUUUUAGUGGAUAUUUACAAAUGUUCUUUUUAUUUUAUUUUAGUCAAAUUUUUAGAACAGAUGUAUUAUUAGUUUCCCCUGAAAAGUUCAUUAACUGUAUGUAUCACUCCAUCUAUUAGUUUCAGUCUAGUUAAGGCUUGUAAAAUGAUUUAUAUAGAAGCAGAGACAAACCACUUCAGGCCUUUGAUUCCAUUUGUGCCUUCAGAUCUCUAGAACCUCAGUCAAACAUCUGCAACUAAUGUUUGCAAAUCUGUGGUUAAGAGUCCAUUUCGUGGCCUCGGGGCCAAGCAUUGAUGCUCCUAUGAGACAUGGAUAAUUUCAUCAGGCUGAUGGUACAGGCCUUAAACUCUGCGCCUCUGCGUUAUGUAUCUCCCAAUAGGUUUGUAGUCAUCAUAGCCUCUAGCUUCAGCAUUUAUACUGUAUUUUAGACAUAGAAUGUUUACAGUCAUUUUUUUCCCUUCAAGUUAAUGCAAUCAUUUUUGUUUGAAUCCUAUAGUGUUGUCAAGAUUUGUAUUGUUUUUAUACUGUGGGCCAUUGCAUGUUGGCUG